CCGUAGUUUCGUAUCCAGUAUAUUCGAGUUUUAGAAACAGAAAGCGAUUUUCGAACGAUUUAACAUCGGAGUGCUUUUGAGCUUUGAUUUAACCGUCGAGGAGAGUGAAACGAAUAUUAUUUACGGUGUUGGUGCGAUUUGUAAGAAGAUUUAAGUUAAACUUAUUCAACAUGGCCGAUGAAAAGCAGGCGUCUUGUUCGCCCGAGGAUUGUUCCGAUAAAAUUGAGGUCUCUCAAGAUUUCGUUUUUCCGAUAUUCAAGCCCUUCUCACCGGCGAAUGAAUAUUUUUCCUCGAUUGAAUACUUGUCAUUGCCGGAAUUCGAUUCGCCGUCUCGCGUGAUGCCGAAAACCUCGAAGAAAACGUUCCUGAACGAGAAGUCUAACGGUGGCGAGUGCGAAACACUCAAAAAGACGGCUGAAGAGAACGAUAUCGAAUUCUUGCGCUAUAAGAACUCGCGAAUGUCCUAUUGGACAUGCCGUUCAGAAAUGGACUUUGCAAGACCAAAAUACCGCAAUAACGUAAGUCCUGCGAUCGAAAAUCUUAUCCGGAUAAUGGGCAUACCGUUCUUGUUGACGUCUGAGGACUCGCGGACACCGAUGAAACGCGCCUUCUCAUCUGGUAUUUUCGACGGCAGAAUAGCUUACGACGAUUACGCACUCUUAAGUAGGAAACGUUUGGAUGCGAGCUUUACCAGCCCGAAGACGCCCGUCUUCACUUCUAGAAGACACAGCGUGAACAGUCGCACGCUGAAGGCGAUGUUGAUGAAGGAGACCGGUUCCUCGUCAUCUCAGCUUGCGCAGAAAUUCUUGUCGAGAUGUCAAUCGUGGGAAUCCGUCGAUACACCACCGAGUGAUGAGCGAGUUGUAAACUCUUCGCGUUAUGAAAUAAAAGAAUCGCCACAGUGUGUCAAGAUUGCAGAAAAAGACAAAGAAACAUUUCAGGAGACGAUUUAUGUGUCUGAAAUGUACUUCUUGUUGAUGGCGUCGAAUAGAAAUCGUCGGAUAAGAAUGGCGAUGAUGAGCAGAUCAGAAAGACCGCGAGCAGAGUCGAGGAACAGCGAUAGCGCUUUUAGCGAGCUUACGGCUUCCGAUCAAGAAUAAUCGAAUUUAAAGUUGUAUUCAUACGCGUGGACGAGGGACAGCGAGUGAAAAUGGAAAAUUGAAAAUCGAUGUUUGCUGUUGACGACGUUGGCUCACAUUCUUCACUUCUCGCAAAUUAAAUUUGUAUAUGUUGAAAGAGACGAUGUAUAAUUGUGAAUAAUUAAUUCACCACUUUUCAUUAAUCAGCCGCUGGCAAAUAGCAAUUCAGCUGGAAGUGAUGCUGUCAAAUUGCGUUAAUUAUAAUAAUAAAUUUGCUACUACUAAUGAUUAACUGGCUGGAUUUUUAUUUAAAUAUAGAAGAUAAUAAUAUUUUGACAAGCUCG